GUUCCAACUUAAUGGCUCCAGAUGUCGUGGCUGUGAAAGCUAAGAUUGUCGAGAUUAAGAGAAAAGCUAAACGCAAGGUUGGAGCAAUCUCUGGGCUUGAACCUUCAUCAAAGGUGCAGAGGACAAAUGUGCCUCUACCCUAUCUUCCAUAUUUUGUUACUUCUCACGUGAUUUUCUUGCCUCUACCAACUUCACAAGAGGCAGCUUUGACCUCUUCUUCUAAAGGGGUCUCUCCUCCUUUUGUUGAGGGGUCCGCUGGUUGUGUGGGGGGCUCCUCUUCUCCUUCAUCAGCAGAGGCUACUGGAGCUCUAGAGUCCAUUGCUCCUCUCUUGCGAGGGCCUUCAUCUUCUCGGUCCGUCGAGAAUAGUCCUCAUUUGUGA